AUGUUGUGUGCCAUAUCUGGCGAAGCUCCCCAAGUCCCCGUAGCUUCGGCAAAAAGUGGAAACGUCUUUGAGAAACGUCUCAUCGAAGCUUACAUUUCAGAACAUGGCAAGGACCCGGUAACAAACGAGGAUCUCUCGACGGACGACCUGGUAGAGCUCAAAGCAUCACGCACAGUUCGCCCACGCCCUCCUACCCUUACUUCAAUACCGUCAUUGCUGUCUGUUUUUCAAAAUGAAUGGGAUGCACUUGCAUUGGAAACACAUACUCUGCGGCAGCAUUUGACACAGACACGGCAAGAGCUGAGCAGGGCAUUGUAUGAGCAUGAUGCAGCAGUAAGGGUGAUUACCAGACUGUCUAGGGAAAGAGACGAGGCUCGACAAGCGCUGUCACGGAUCAAUGUCAAUGGUGCGCCAGCUAGCAAUGGAGACACCAUGGAGGUUGAUGGCCAAGAGCUCCCAGGAAAUCUUGUCGCGAAGGUUGAGGCUGUGCAAGAGAAGCUGUCGAAGACUCGACGAAAACGUGCCGUACCCGAAGACUGGGCAACUACUGAUGUGAUUUCAAAUUUCACGCCGACGCAAAAGUCGAAACCUCUUUAUACUGGUGCUCGGACGAUCUCAGUAGACGCAAGCGGCGAUCUGGCUCUGGUUGGUGGUAGUGAUGGGACCGCUGGGAUCUUCUCCAUAUCCCAGAACAACUUGGUUCAAGAGCUCCCCGUGGGCAGUCCUGUCACAGAAGCCUUGUGGGCUGGAUCUAAGGCUAUCGUUGGGACAUCAUCCGGGAUAGUCAAAGCUUUCGAGAAUGGCGUCGAGGUCUCAAGCUUUUCCGGCCAUGCUGGUGCAGUGACAGCUCUGGCGCUCCAUCCAAGCGGAGACAUACUGGCUUCAGUGGGCGUGGACAAAAGUUACAUCUUCUACGACCUCACGUCUUCUGCACAAGCUCUUCAGAUAUUCACAGAUUCUGCUCUAAAUACUGCCCAAUUCCAUCCCGAUGGCCACCUCUUUGCUGCGGGAGGCGCUGAUGGCCAAAUUAAGUUGUAUGAGAUGAAGAGUGGCGCCAACGCAGCGAAUUUUGAUGCAACGGGUCCCCUCAAAGCAGUAGAAUUUUCCGAGAAUGGCAUCUGGGUUGCAGCUGCUGUGAAAGGCUCGACGAGUGUCUCAAUCUGGGACCUUCGCAAGGCAUCUCAGAUCAAGGUUCUCGAGACUGGUGGUCAAGUAACGAGCGUACGAUGGGACUACACUGGUCAAUACCUGGCAACAGCAGGACCGACUGGAGUAGCGGUUCAACAGUACUCCAAAUCCUCAAAAGAGUGGUCGGAGCCACUUAGGAGUGCGGUGCCAGCAGUGUCCGUUGAUUGGGGAUCAAGCGCCCAGAGUUUGGUGUCGUUGGAUGGGGAGGGUGUUAUCACAGUUCUUGGGUCAGCAUGA